UCAAUGAUCCGUAGAUCAAAUUAUAUACUUGCUUGUCUCUUUAUACUCUCGCCAGAGAACAUAUUCAUUGCCAGCAACAACGUAAACUUCCCUUCAGGAACACCUCUUCCUUCACAACAAAAAGCCCAACCCCUUUGGCAUCCGGCAAACUCCAUUACCAUUGCAAAUCAAUGGACUUUCUUGACUUACAUCGUUUCGUCCGCAUUACAGCCCACGACAAAGCUCUAGGCGCCAUAAUAGGUGCCGCCUUGGGCGACACUAUCGGCCUGUAUACCGAAUUCAUACCCCGCACAGAAUGCUCGCGCGCCUACCCCACCGGCCGGUUCUCCCUCCUCGAAGCGGACUUAACGCCAUUUCGCGAGGACAGUCACAGAGAUAAGUUUGAGACCGCAGACUGGACCGACGACACCGACCAAUCCCUCGCCCUGAUCUUGUCAUUUCUGCACAAUUACGUCCCAGGAAGUGACACCCCACCCGUGAAGCCAUCAGAUAUCGCCCAACGACUCCAAAUAUGGGUGCAGCAGGGUCUGCGCUGCCUAGGUCGCCCGCCCCUCGGAAUUGGUAUGACUACGGGCCGCGUGUUGAUGGAUCCGGAGUAUCUGCGCGACCCCGAAGCUGUGGCAUUGGCAUGCUGGCUCCGAAGCGGCCGCAGCAUCGCCCCGAAUGGGUCACUGAUGCGCACGCACCCGCUGGGCGUAAUGUGUGCUGGGAAAACAUUGGAGGAGACCUUUCAGGUCGCUACUGAUGUGGGGAAGGUGACACAUGUGGAUCCACGGUGUGUUGUUAGCUGUUGUCUUGUGACGGCGCUUAUUCGGGGAAUUAUUCGGGGCGAGGUUAUGACUGAGGCGGACCUUGAUGCACUUAUUGAGGCAUCAUUUACAUGGGUUGAUGGAAAUGCGGAGUUGAAAAAUCCGACGGGAAAGUUACUCAAUGAAGAGGGCCCGGUUAUGAUGGAAGGUCUUGAAGGAGUGGAGUCCACAUUGAAAGGAGAGGAGUAUAGGAAGUAUUGUUAUGCGAAGACGCUCAGAGAAUUGGAGCUGGAUGACAGGACGAUGGGAUAUGUUUUCAAGUGCCUUGGGUCUGCAGUUCUGACAUUGCGGUUUGCCAUUCGAGAAGGGCUUGGGCUUGACACAAAAUCGACUGGACUUUUUGAGACUCUCAUUUCGAACCUCGUUAUGGAGGGAGGCGAUGCGGAUACUAACGCCUGCGUUGCAGGAUCGCUAGUUGGGUCUUGGGUGGGCUACUCGAGGCUACCAUCUCACUGGUCCAAAGGGAUGCGGAAUGCAGAGUGGCUAGUGGCGAAAGCAGAGACACUGAGUUUCAAAGCAGGGAUAAUGGAGCCUCGUCCUGAAGUAAGGGUGAAAAUGCUGGUGACAGACCCGGAUACCGAGCUGGAUGGGAGCAAGGGGUUGCUAAACAAAGAGCAAUUGGAGAAGAUGGAGAAAGAUUUUGUGUUGAAGAUGCUGUUGAUGCAGAAGGCGAGAAGGGAGGCGAAGGAAGCGGCGGAUACUGCAGCGAGAAAGAGAACAGGGGUUGGAAAAUGGUUUCGAUGAGAGGCUGUUGUGUCAUAUUAAGGUUUAGGUUGCGAGUUGGUUACACUUCCAAGGAUGAAAAUCGAAGGUAUACAACCAGCAGCCACCAAUAUUAUGAUGUAGGCAGCAGCUCGCUGACGAUAAGCUUACACUACACCUCACAUACGACUAUGAUUCCACGGCCACCCGUAACGUGUACUGCCUUUCCAUCCCCUGUAAUUGGUCUAUAUCGAUAGAACAUUCUACGUUUGUAUUUGCCAACCCCC